AUGGGGGCCGGCAUCGAGCUGACGUUGGAGGGUGUAUAUUUCCUCCCGCUCAUCCCGCACCACGGCCUGGUGACCUUCAGCGCAAAGGUCGCCGCCCCCACGACGCAGACCACACGCAUGCGCCGCACGGCGCGUUCCAAGCUCGAUUCGGACACCAACCUGCUGCCGAACGACGUCGAGGAGCUGCAAAGCGAGAUCGAUGCCACCCUGCCCCUCUGCGAAGUCUCCGCGGCUGUCUCCGUGAUCCAAAGGGACCUGCUUCGGGAGCGCCGCUCCGAAUGGCGUCGCCUGUCCCAGCAUUUCACGACCGACACGUGGCGCACAGCCGCUGCGGAGGCCGCGGUCCGCAAGGCCAAGGGCAGCGCAGGCUACGACGGCUGGCACUCUAGCGAGCUCAAGAUGAUUUCGACCCACUUCGAACUCCUCCUGUUCGACCUCUACACGCUGUGGCGGGACACCUGCGAGACCCUCCUGGAGGAGCGCCCCGGCGUCGAGCUCCAGCACCUCAUCUUCGCCUGGCGCGUUGUCGGGGUGCCCAAGAAGGACCCCACGCAGUCCCGCCCCAUUGGGGUGGGCUCGGUGUUGAUGCGGGCCUGGCUCACGGCUUGCGAGCAGAGUCUGCCCACGCCGCAAGAUGCCCAAUUCGCGUGCAAAGCCGGCUCCACGGUGAUCUACGCUUGCUGCCUCUGGCACCACGCCUGCCAGCACGGCGAGUGCGGGCUGGAGCGCGAUCUGUCGAAGUGCUACGACAACGUGCCGCACGCUAUGGCAGAUGCAGCGUUGCGCAACGCCAAGACGCCACGCCGUGUCCGAGCUGUGGCCAACGCCGCCUGGCGCGGACCUCGGACGAGCCAGGUGGCGGGAGAGCUGGCCGAGGAGACCCUCUGGCCCACACGCAGCCUUGCGCAGGGCGACAGUACUGCCCGCAAGAUGGAGGCGGACGUGCAGGCCACCGACGCCUACGACUCGGGCACGGGCAGCAUCGAGAACGUCGGGAAGCGCCAGUGCUGGAAGCGAGGCGACAAGAAGCAGAUCGAGCACAUUGGAAUUCUCGCCGUGCCCGACGACCCGCACGCGAAAAUCAUCCCCGCCGGGGGCUGGGACAAGUCCGCAAAUUGGAAUGCGUUCCUCGAGGUGUUCUUCGAGGCCGUCACGUUCGAGCUCUUGCAGCACGACCCUGAGCGCGGAGUGCAAUCCCGGCGCCCGGCGGACGAGCCACACGCGCGCGUGCGGCGCGUAUGCGGACGCAGGCGCAUUUUUUGGAACGGCGAGGAGAUGGUGCCACACCUGAUCCGCCAGGCAUGCUGGGCGAGAGCUCUGGCCCGCAUGAGCGCCGAGCGCAGCGACGCGGAGGGGGUCGACCAGAUCGACCUCGAGGCCUCCUCGGCCCCAGCAUAG